ACAGGUGUUUCUCUUACAUGGCUCUGUUUUGUGUGCUGCUGUGACUGACUGCUUUGUGGGAUGCUGCGAAACGUGUGCUCGGUGUCUGGAGGAACAUCUUCUCCGUUUUUAGUCGAAAUGGCUAGAUAGUGACAUUAUCUGGAGACAGAUGCGGUAAGACUGCAGCCAAUUGAAUGUAGAGCCGUUUGAGGACUUUAUCUCCGAAGAAAAGGAGCGUUGGAGAGAUGCGCGUACCGUCACCUACAUAAUUGCGUUUUGUGUUAAAGCUGUAUUAGUUUACAACUCCUUUCCGCCGAUCUGUCAUUCUCAUUAACGACUUGUGAAUGAAGACUUGAAUGUGAGCUGUUCAGUGAAGAUUUUCCUAAAGAAAUCGUGUCGUUGAGGAGGUGGGGAAACGGAUUGUGUCCUGAAAGUUUUGUGUGUCGCACCGUCAAACUGGCCAUGGCUGCGGCGAUCGCCAGCUCCCUUAUUCGGCAGAAGAGGCAGGCGAGGGAGCGUGAGAAAUCAAACGCCUGCCGCUGCGUGAGCAGUCCGAACAAAACCAAAGGAACAUGCGAGAAACCCAGUCGACUCAGUGUCUUCUCCAGAGUCAAGCUUUUCGGCUCCAAAAAGCGCAGGAGGAGACGACCAGAGCCCCAGCUGAAGGGGAUCGUAACAAAGCUGUACAGUCGACAGGGCUUUCAUUUGCAGCUCCAAGCAGAUGGAACCAUUGACGGCACUAAAGAGGAGGACAGUGGUUUCACCAUGUUCAACCUCAUCCCGGUUGGCUUGCGAGUGGUGGCCAUCCAAGGAGUUCAGACCAGACUCUAUCUGGCCAUGAACAGCGAGGGCUACCUGUAUACAUCAGAACACUUCACACCAGAGUGCAAGUUUAAGGAGUCAGUGUUUGAGAACUACUACGUGACGUACUCCUCCAUGAUCUAUAGACAGCAGCAGUCGGGCAGGGGCUGGUACCUAGGCCUGAGGAUUUUAAAUUUUAAAUCUCAUCUUGCAUCUUUUUCUCUUUCCUCCUUUGCCCUUCAGGAACACUUCACACCAGAGUGCAAGUUUAAGGAGUCAGUGUUUGAGAACUACUACGUGACGUACUCCUCCAUGAUCUAUAGACAGCAGCAGUCGGGCAGGGGCUGGUACCUAGGCCUGAACAAGGAAGGAGAGAUCAUGAAGGGCAACCAUGUGAAAAAGAACAAGCCCGCUGCACACUUCCUCCCCAAGCCUUUGAAAGUGGCCAUGUACAGGGAACCCUCUCUGCACGACCUAACCGAGUUCUCACGUUCUGGUAGCGGCACACCCACUAAGAGCCGGAGUGCCUCCGCUGUGCUGAACGGGGGCAAAGCUGUGAGUCAGAACGAGUCAACGUAGCCCGGCCCGCUACCUUUCGCCUUCACCAAAACCUCUGAAAGCUUGUGACUUCACACAGACUUCUCUCCAAAAAGCUCUCAGCGAUUAGGACAACAUGAAACAUAACAUAACCACUUGCAAACUAGAGUAACAUUUGAGUGGACUUCUUUAUAAUUAGCUCGUUUUUUUUGUUCUGUUUAGCUUGUUUGUUUUUUCUUGAUCACCACUAUAAUAGCCUUUUCCAUGUGAAACAGAAAUUGUAGCCUUUCUUACAAUGGGACAUUGCGUUGCAGUUGAACGUCAGCCAUCAAGGUUCAUUUCCUAGCAUCGUAGGUCCUGAUCAAGUAAUGCAUUUGUUAAGAGUUUAGGGCAGUCAGUGAGGGUUUUAGCUGCACGGGUGCGGUGGAAGGAAGGCACCCCUGUCCUCCAUGCUUCCUGAGUGUGAAGCGAUAGAGAAGCGCCCAUCCCGGUGCGUGGGGGGCUCCUGCGUUCUUGUGCACUCGCUCAGAGAGCUUUGCUCUCUAGCAUGGGAAUAUAAAGCCUGCGUUCUGCUCACAUGAUGAGUGAAGCUGAGCCUCUCAGAAGCAAGUGGCCAGGGCUUGCUAAUUGUUUGAAUUAGCUGUGAGCUUUUCUUACUUUCUCUUCCUCUUGUUCUUCCCCAAAUCAGUGUUUUCGAGAUUUAACCGUGACUGGAGAUCUAGCGCACCAAAGACAGAACUGUGAGAGUUUUUCCCUCGAGCCGUCAGACCACACCGGUACAUAUUUACGCAUGACAGGAAGCUUUUUCUGAUUAGUGAGAGGUUUCAGUAUUCGAGGAGAUGGAUGUGUGGUUCACGAGGGCUGUUCGAUGUCACCCCUUUCGUCUCUUUUGCGUCCCGUUGUCUGUUUUCUGAGUUCCUUUAGUCUUUGUGCUUGUGUUUUUGCCAUGUCGACUGUCCUUUGGUCAAUGCUGGUCACCGUUGCUGGUGAUUUCCGAGACAUGGCGGGACUCCCACCUGGACUGCGUUUUGUGUGUAAGUAAUUUAUGGUGGUGACAAUUUUCUAUUUAAAUGAGCAAACAAAAAAAUGAUACUGUGGAACUUAAGUUGGUUGAAUUUUUUAGGGUAUGUCUAAUUUGUAAAAGUGAAAAUAAAAUGA